AUGUCUCCCGAGUCUCCUCUGCGGGCUUCAUACCUCACACCCGAACCAAAACCAUCCGGCUCAUUUGCCAGCUCCCAGAGCGUAUUCCGUCCCCUUCGAUUAGUUUACGGUGAUCUCAAGCAUACUCACAUCAACGUCUUGUACUCAUCGAUCAAGGCGAAUGACAAAGGAAAAGAGGUCAUCUCCUUUGUCGUAGAAGUGGACCCAGGAAACAACAAGGAGCCGUGGAAGGUGGAGAAGCUGUACUCGGACGUCCUUAAUCUGGAUCAACGGGUGCGAUCGAGCAGCUCGCGGUCGGUGCAGAAAAAGAUGGCGCACUUACCGGAGAGCAAGAUGUGGAAGGACCAUGCGCCAGCGAAAGUGGACCAACGGAGGAACGCGCUUGAAGGGUAUUUGCAAUCUUUAAUUAAUCUCCCAGUCAAGGAAAAGGACGACAUUAUUGCUUUCUUCACGUCAGACAUUGUCCGAAACGACAAGGGUCCGGUGUCGCAGGUAGGAUACAAAGAGGGUUACCUCACGAAGCGUGGCAAGAAUUUUGGUGGUUGGAAGAGACGUUACUUUGUCCUUCAGGGACCAGUCCUCGAGUACUAUGAAAGUCGAGGUGGAGCCCACCUUGGUUCGAUCACAAUCACGGGUGCUCAAAUUGGACGUCAACAACGCUCCCAGGAUAACGAGGAUGAGAGGAAUUAUCGCCACGCCUUCCUCAUCAUUGAAGCAAGGAAAGGGCAGGGUGGACACCCACGCCAUGUGCUGUGCGCGGAGAGCGAUGCCGAGCGCGACAGCUGGGUCGAUAUUCUCGUGCGCUACGUGUCGGGAACGUUCAACGACGAUAAUAGUACGUACCCGACAAUCGGGCCCAGUCCAUUAUCGACCAAUGUCGCAGGUGUACAAGGAGCGCUCUCUGCCCAAUCGCGGUCCAGCACGAGCUCCAACCAAGACUCUGUAGCGUCCACACCUAAUGGCAAACGAGCAGUUCGUUCGAUGUCUAGGGAUGAUAUAUCUCGCGGACCCGCUAGCCCUGCUCCCCGAAAAUCCUCUGAUCCUUCCCCCCUCGAACGUACGAGCUCGGACUAUCCUUCUGCAGAAGAGAAUGCCCGGCGUAUGCUUGAGCGCUCCCAGACGGGCGGUAGCCCAGAGGGCUUAUCCAGCUCGCUGCCGGAGCGGUCACCUUUGGAGGCUGCCAACCCGAACUUGGUGUCGUUCAGGGCUAACUCUGAGCUCGGGCACUACCACGACACAGUGGACCAGCGUGCGGUGAUGAAAGACCCAAUUUCUCCAGAACAGCGCAAGGACCGGAAAUCUUAUUACCCUUCGCUUGCUCCGAGCGGCGAGCGACCCAUGUCCCCUGAGACCACUUCCAUUCGAGAAGCUGUCAGCGGCAAGGUCAAGAUCUCGGGUCCCCUCAGUGGUGCGCCUAUACCACCCGGGUACAAAUUCGGUGGCAAGGAGAAGGAGAGCAACGAGGCUCCACCACAAAACGAUAGAAGACAGAAGGGCAGGUCAUUCUGGGGCUUUGGCAAGUCUGUUGCUACAGAAAAACCUGUCGUUCAUGUCCCCCGGGCGGUGUUCGGCGUUCCUCUGGAGGAGUCGCUGGACGUUGUCGAGAUCGCUCGACUUCCCGCCGUUGUUUUCCGUUGUAUACAGUAUCUCGAAGCGAAGCAGGCUGAGCAAGAGGAGGGUAUCUAUCGGCUGAGUGGAAGUUCGGCGGUCAUCAAGGGCUUGAAGGAUCGAUUCAAUAUGGAGGGCGACGUGGAUCUGCUGGCGUCUGAUGAAUACUGGGAUCCACAUGCUAUUGCCGGGUUACUGAAGAGCUUCCUGCGUGAGCUCCCCGCAAGCAUCCUUACUCGGGAACUCCAUCUCAAGUUCCUGGCUGUUAUCGACUUUGUCGAUGCACAGGAGCGCAUUAUGGAACUUUCGCACCUCAUUGCAUCAUUACCCCUCGCGAACUACACUCUUCUGCGAGCACUGACGGCACACCUUAUCCUGAUCGUUCAGAACUGCUCUAUCAACAAGAUGACCAUGCGCAACGUCGGGAUUGUGUUCAGCCCAACGCUCGGUAUCCCUGCUGGUGUCUUCAGCUUGAUGCUCGGGGAGUUCAACAGGGUGUUCAAUGUCGAUGGUAUUUCCGAGAGAGGAGAGUCGCAAAGCCCAGACGAGGAGGAAUCCGAGACUUUUAAACGGAACAGCCAACAAUACAAUGAUGCAGCUGCCGACCAGUUAUUAGGCUUGUCUGGUCGAAGUCUUCAAUCCUCAACGGACGAGUCGCCCUCGGACAACGACAGCCUAUCAAUCCAGACCGAAAGCACCGCUGACGAAGAGACUAUCGAGUCGGGCGCAUUUACGCCCGUUCGGCCACAGGUCCACGUCCAUCAACCGCACGACGCACCGUCAUCGUCGAGCAGCGAGAUGCUCUCGCCCAUCAGCCCGGGGGACACUUCGACCAUGCGUCGAUCGCACGCCUCUGACGUCGCCGCCAGCCGUGGGCUCAACAUCUCCACCGCCGCGAACAAGCGCGCCAACCGACACAGCCGGAUGAUCGGGCUGCCUGCGUCGCCGCGACCUCCACCAGAUGCGGUCGACUCGCCGAUCCCGCCCUCGCCGGCGACGGCAAAACAGGGAUGA